AAGCAAUUACAAAAUUGCCCUCUGGUGGAUUAUUUUUGAGACAGUCCUUCUUGGGAUCAGAAAUCCACGUCAUUGCUGUGCGUCAUUGCACAGAAUAUACUAACGAAACGUCAUUGUUUCCUGUGAAUCCCUGAAGUGCGAGGUUCCAAAGCGACCUAUAAAAGACGUGUUCGUGCGGUACCACUUGCAGACGGUGUAUGGUCUUCGGAGUAACUUAAAUAUUCUCUUCUGUGACUUAAAUUUGAUAAUUUAUAACUAAAUAUCCGCCUAAAAUGAAUACCAAAACUCCGGUUUCAGUUUUGGAAGAAUAUUUGGUGUCUAAGGGGCAUCCCAGGGCCUCGUAUGAAUUCAAUGGGACUGGGGCAUCCCAUUGUCCCUCUUUUACAUGUUCUGUGAAUGCUGGGGGGCAUAGUGCCGAGGGAAAAGGAACUACCAAGAAGGAUGCUAAACACGAUGCUGCCAAAAAUGUGUUGCAACUAUUCCAAAUUCAGAUGAACAAUAAUAAUACAGAGUUGCCCAAUAUCUGUAUGAUGCCGGUAAAACAGAAAUCGGAGGCUAUCGAUCCUUUCAUAAACUACGUGGGAAUGUUGAACGAAAAAGCUGCAGCUGCCAGACUUGCUCUACCUCAAUAUGAAGACUGUAUCUCUACCCAGAAUGGCCAAUUCGUCUUUAAAUGUCACUUCAACCAAAUGGAAUCUUCCGGCUGUGGCAGUAACAAAAAAUACGCCAAGCAACAAGCGGCAAAAGAAAUGUUUGCCAAGAUACAGAAUGUUCCAUUUAGUGUGCCCAAUAGUGAAAUGCCAUCAAAAGAAAUUUUCGUACCCAACGAAAAAAAUACACACGAAGCUAUUUCAAAAUACUUACUUUUAAUGGAAAACUUGCAGAUUCUCCCAAACGACGAUUGUAUAGAAGAAUUGAACGAUGACAUUAAGACUUGGGACGACCUAAUUUCUGCACUAGAUCAAAGGAAAAUUUCUCACGAACUGGGAAUAUUUCAGCGAAAUCCCACAAUUUGGUCGUUCAAAAUCAGGGAACACGUUUUAUUAGCCACUGGAAAUGACGAGAACCAUGCCAAAUUGAAAAUAAUGUCCAAAGUGAGAAGCAUGCUGAAAAGCGGUUUAAGCUUUACGUCAAUGGAGUACUAGUUAUUUUUAAUACCGGGUGCGUCUCAAAAGUGGCUCACCCGUAUAACUUUUUUAUCUUUUUUUCAGAGAAAAAUCGAGAUUCGGUAUAUUAAUAUAUGACAUAAAUUAGGA